AUGUCUGACUUCGACUCCAUGCUGGUGCUUUCCCCAUGCCUGCUGACGUCCACGGUUGUUCCCGGCAAGACCCUCCCAUUUGGAGAAACCACCACCCGAGAACUCCCGACUCCCGAUCAGCUCAAAGUGAUGUUGCCGAAUCUUGUUGAGACAAAAACCGUCGAAUACGCGUCCUUGGAGGCCUUUGUGAGCCGGUACCUCGGUGACGACACUGUCCCCACGAUGCUACACUUUCUUGUGUACCUUUAUGCCCAAAACUGGAACCAUGAUAUGGGUGCUGUCAGCGACAUCAAACUACUCCAUAUGGGCAAGCAGUACCGUCUAACGCGGCUCAUGGACAUCCACAACGCCCAUCCCACGGUCCUGAGCGUGGCUUCCCGUUUUCCAAAUUUCCAGCUUUUCGUGACUCCAGACCAGGUUGUGCCUGCUGUGACGCUACCAGUGGAAGAGCUUAUGGCGAGAUCCCUGGCAUCAAAAACCCCUGAAGAGGAGAUCCCAGUCACUUACGCUGAUGCCAUGAUACGGAUGAUUAGAAGAGCGCUGCAUCGUAAGCUGUCUGUGGCUCUGGCAGGCUCUGGAAGCACUGUCAGCAGAACAAGCUCUUCUUCAAGCGAGCACUCAAGAAAAAGAAGCAAGUUGAAGCAGGGUUUGAGAAAAGUGGUUAACUGUGUUACUGUGAGUGCCCGUUGA